GUCUGCGCGCAGUUCGAACAAGCUAAGAGACCCAAAAAAAAUCAAAAUAAUAAUACAAGAAAAGCCACCUAAAUAAAAAGUGCUCAAGAGGGUGACUAAAAACCCUAGAAGGCAGUGACUUAAACCAUUGUGAGUGCGUUAGUGUGAUUUCAAUAAAAGCAGCUUAAGAAAUAAACAAGUAAACUUAAUAGCCCGCAAGUUUUUCUAUCAUCUUCGGGCCGUUGAGCAAUUUUUUUCCCCGCGGCAUUUUCGAUAAGGAAUAAACGAUUAAUUCAAUAUUUAAAGCAUAAAAGGAAACCAGACACUCUGCCGCUGGACCCAACAAUCACCAUCAACAUGUCCGCCAGCUCCUCAGCCUGCGAUUGCCUGGUGGGCGUGCCCACUGGACCCACCCUCGCCUCCACCUGCGGCGGCAGCGCCUUCAUGCUGUUCAUGGGCCUGCUGGAGGUCUUCAUACGCUCACAGUGCGACCUGGAGGAUCCCUGCGGCCGGGCCAGCACUCGGUUUCGAUCGGAGCCGGAUUACGAGUACGAUUUCAUUGUCAUUGGCGGCGGCUCAGCGGGAUCUGUGGUCGCCUCGCGCCUCUCUGAGGUGCCCCAGUGGAAGGUGUUGCUGAUCGAAGCGGGUGGAGAUGAACCCGUGGGUGCCCAGAUUCCCUCCAUGUUCCUUAACUUCAUCGGCAGCGACAUCGACUACCGCUACAACACGGAGCCGGAGCGGAUGGCCUGCCUGUCCUCGAUGGAGCAGCGGUGCUACUGGCCCCGAGGCAAGGUCCUGGGCGGCACUUCGGUGAUGAAUGGCAUGAUGUAUAUCCGUGGCAAUCGCGAGGACUAUGAUGAUUGGGCAGCACAGGGUAAUCCAGGCUGGGCCUACAAUGAUGUGCUGCCGUUCUUCAAGAAGUCGGAGGAUAACCUGGAACUGGAUGCGGUGGGCACGGAAUACCAUGCCAAGGGUGGUCUGCUGCCGGUGGGCAAGUUCCCCUACAAUCCACCUCUGUCCUAUGCCAUUCUCAAGGCCGGCGAGGAACUGGGCUUCUCCGUGCAGGACCUCAACGGUCAGAACUCCACAGGAUUUAUGAUUGCCCAGAUGACGGCCCGCAAUGGCAUCAGAUAUAGCUCGGCCCGGGCUUUUCUGCGUCCAGCACGCAUGCGCAACAACCUGCAUAUCCUGUUGAACACCACUGUGACCAAGAUCCUCAUCCAUCCACACACCAAAAAUGUGCUGGGCGUGGAGGUGAGCGACCAAUUUGGUAGCAUGCGUAAGAUCUUGGUCAAGAAGGAGGUGGUGUUGAGUGCUGGUGCCGUAAACUCGCCCCAGAUUCUGCUCCUUAGCGGUGUGGGUCCCAAGGAUGAGCUGCAGCAGGUGAAUGUGCGACCAGUGCACCAUCUCCCGGGUGUGGGCAAGAACCUCCAUAACCAUGUGGCCUACUUCACCAACUUCUUUAUCGAUGAUGCGGACACGGCGCCUCUUAACUGGGCCACGGCCAUGGAGUACUUACUGUUCCGGGAUGGCCUAAUGUCUGGCACUGGUAUUUCGGAUGUGACCGGAAAACUUGCCACCCGUUGGGCCGACAGACCGGAUCUGCCCGAUCUCCAACUUUACUUCGGUGGCUACCUGGCCAGCUGUGCCCGCACAGGACAAGUGGGCGAACUGCUCUCGAAUAACUCCCGGGCGAUCCAGAUAUUCCCGGCAGUGCUCAAUCCCCGUUCGGGAUACAUCGCCCUGCGUUCAGCCGAUCCCCUGGAUCCGCCUCGCAUCUUUGCUAAUUACCUUACCGAUGAGCGGGAUGUAAAGACCCUGGUGGAAGGCAUUAAGUUCGCCAUCCGCCUGUCCCAGACAUCGCCACUGAAGCAGUAUGGUAUGCGGUUGGACAAGACGGUGGUCAAGGGAUGCGAGGCUCCGACCUUCGGUAGCGACGCCUAUUGGGAGUGCGCCGUGCGGCAGAACACGGGUCCGGAGAAUCAUCAGGCGGGCUCCUGCAAAAUGGGUCCCAGCCACGAUCCCAUGGCGGUGGUUAACCACGAGCUAAGGGUCCAUGGCAUCCGGGGACUGCGCGUCAUGGACACCAGCAUCAUGCCCAAGGUGACGGCGGGCAAUACGCACGCUCCCGCUGUAAUGAUUGCGGAGAAGGGAGCCUACCUCCUGAAGAGGGCCUGGGGCGCCAAGGUUUGA